AUGCAGGCGGAUCCCCAUCAGAGUCAUAUGCGUAUUCAUCGAUUGGAGAAUGUAAGCAAAGCGUUACGAUUUUUGUGUGCUCAGGGAGCGCAUUUGGAAAAUUUGGGCGCACAGGAUAUUGUGGACGGAAAUCCGCGUCUCACGCUCGGACUUAUAUGGACUAUUAUUUUACACUUUCAGGUAAGCCCAAUUUCUCUCUGUGGUUUUGUGUGUGUGUGUACAUAUGUUUAUUCUUUGGGUAUAACUAUAUAUAUGUCACUUGACUACCGGGACCUCGCUUGUCAAAUGAUACAUGUUGAAAAGUGA